UUGUGCAGAUGAUGUGUAUUUGUGUAGAUGUUGUGUAUUAGUGUAGAUGUUGUGUAUUUGUACAGAUGUUGUGUAUUGACUGAAUUGAAAUUGCGCGUCCCCGUGUGGCGGGAAAACUCCAGGUUCCCGGAUGUGGGGCGCGCGGAAGAGAAGGUGACGUCACCCGCCUCCAUCUUGUGUUUGCUCUUCGGCGAGCUCCAGUCCGCUCCUCAGCCCGCGCCGAAUCGGAGGAGAAUCCCGCCGCCGGGGCGCCAUCAUGCCCGGACACCUGCAGGACGGCUUCGGCUGCGUCGUCACCAACCGCUUCGAUCAGCUGCUGGACGACGAGUCCGACCCGUUCGACAUAUUAAAGGCUGCCGAGAACCGGAGGAAAGACGCGGCCGCCGCGGCCACCAAACCCGCAGCCCAGGCCGCUCAGUCCGCCAGACAGCCCAAGAAGGAGUCGCAGAAGGAGCGGAAAAACCCGGCGGCGGAGAGGAAGGAGGAGCCGCAGCAGUCUGCUCCGCCGCUGAAGAAGGAAGGUAUAAGGAGGAUGGGGAGGAAGCAGCAGGACCAGCAGGGGCAGAACACUGCUCACCAGCAGGGGGCGCCGGGAGAACGGAGACCUGAGAGACGAGUUCACAGAGAGCGUCGAUUUGAAAAGCCACCUGAGGAGAAACAUGAAGGAGGAGAAGCCAGUGUGGAGAAGCCAGUGGGAGAGAGACCACCGAGGGGUCGUGGUGGAGGUCGUGGGGGUCGUGGAGGUCGCGGGCGAGGGAUCGGACGGACCGACGGGUUUGACUCACGAGGAAAGCGUGAUUAUGAUCGACACAGCGGAAACGACAAAUCCAGCCAGAAAGCGGAGGAGAAGCGAGCAGGAGCCGGAACACACAACUGGAGCAACACCAAGGAAGAAGCCAGUGAACUGCACCAGUCGGCCGCACCUGAAGCACCUGUGGUAGGAGAGGAACCUGCUGCACCUGCUGACUCAGAAAACAAAGAAAAUGAGGCUGAGGAAGUGAAGGAUGAAGGCCCCAAAGAGAUGACCCUGGACGAGUGGAAGGCCAUGCAGAACAAGGAGCGCGCGAAGGUGGAGUUCAACAUCCGCAAACCGAACGAAGGUGACGAGGGCCAGUGGAAGAAAGGAUACGUUCUGCACAAAUCCAAGAGCAAAGACCUGAGCAGGCCGUCUGGAACUCUGAUUGAAACCGAAGAUGCUAAUGCUGAAUCACUCCACAAGGGAGCUUCUGAAGACAUCUCUGACCAUCACUUCCGCAAACCAGCCAAUGACAUCACCUCCCAACUGGAGAUCAACUUUGGAGAUUUGGGCCGCCCUGGGCGUGGUCGGGGGAACUCCCGGGGUGGUAGAGGAGGCCGUGGAGGAGGGAACCGGGCGGGGCGUGGUGGAGGCAGGUCUGAGAAGGGAGGUGGAGUCUCCGUUCCUAAUGUGGACGACCCCGAGGCGUUUCCCGCCUUGGCCUAAACCCUGACCUUUGACCCUUGAGCCCUUCCUCUACAAGGCCUGCAUGCUUAUGGAUCCUUCACCUAUAGAUAUCCUCAAAAAAAAAAAAAAGAAAAAGUGUGUAAAAGAGAGACUGUGGUGUGCACCGUAGUGAGGACUGAAGCCCCGCCCCCUCCCAACGGACUUCUCUCGUUCCACUGAAGCUUCUUCUCGAUAGAGCUUUUGUAUUUAGAGACCUGAUAGAUAGCAGGGAUGUUCCUACAGUGUUUUAUUUCCUUUUGAUUUGGGAUUUGGAUCGCUAUUUGAAUGUGAGGCUUCUUUUUUUCCAGCUUAGCGUUUGAAGUGAGUUUCAGCUUUCCUUUGAUUUCCAGCGUAUCUGAAUAUAUUUGCGUGAAGAGGAGAAGGUGGCUCUUGUGCUAUCUCACUGUUCUCCACGUACAGAAGUAACACAUCACUUUUAAUAUUUUAAACGAAGCUCUGUGGUCCAGUUACUUUUCCCUCUUAUUGAAUAGAGUUUAUUUUUUCCUCAUGGAGCUUUUUGGCGUGGCCUGUAGCAGAAACUAUAAACAUGUGAAGGCCUCGCUUUUCCUUCUUUUCUUCUGUUGUGAAAGUUCUGCAUGUUCUCUCUUGUUUUUUUAGGCUGGUCCUCUCGUACGUUACCUUUUACUAAAACGUUGGGAACACUUCUUGUGUGUGUAUUUUCGUCUGUGUGUCCUGAUGUUGCUCAGCACUCAUGUUCCCUCUAGCCAAUUAUAAUCUGGAGCGUAGCUACGUAUGGUCACGUGGCAUCCUCUUUAGCUCCUUCAUGGUGAUUGGUUAAUUCAGUAAAACGUAAGCUUGGCAGAAUCGGGACGUGUGUGUGUGUGUGUGUGUGUGUGUGUGUGUGUGUGUGUGUGUGUGUGUGUGUGUGUGUGUGUGUGUGUGUGUUGCGUAUACAGGCAUGUGCUAUGGUAAUUGCGUAACCAAAUGACUGCGAUGAUGUUUAAAAGCUUUCCAUGUUGACCAGCGGUUGAUGGUUUAACCCACAUGCCUGUACACGAGCCACCGCAAGCUCUCCAACCUGAAUUUUUAUCUUUGUUGUUGUUGUUGUUAUUAUUAUUAUUAUUAAGACCUCAGCAUGCCUCAUGUGGAGACGGCGUGUGGGAGGGGUCUGCAGAAUCACUCCGCCUCCACAGAUUUACACAGACGAAGCUUACCUGUGAACACUCCAGAGGGGCGCUUUUAUAAUUUAAUGAGUGUUUCCUUGACGACAGUCCCCUGUUUAAAAUGUGGUCUCCGUAUGACGUACGCUGAGGUGUUGAUUCUCUAGCGCUGAUUGUUGACGUAUAUUUGCACUUAGAUUAAUGUUUUUUUAAGCUAACAAGCACAUGAUCUGUCCCUGUUUUAUCUUUUUUAAAUAUUUACUGCAGCACUACUCGAAGAACAUGCUUGAUUCAGGGUGUGUGUGUGUGUGUGUGUGUGUGUGUGUGUGUGUGUGUGUGUGUGUGUGUGUGGGGGUUUUAUCCUGAACCUGGGAAUGACCAUAAACUGGAGGACACUAGGACAUGUUGGACUCCUGGGUCAGUGGGAGACUCCCUGACUGGACUCUUUGUAGGACUUUUGGUUUUUCCGGAUGUUUCUGCCUUCACAUGUCCCUGUUCAAUAAACUUUCCCACAGGUGUUAAUGUC